AUGUCGGCGUCUACACCUCAAAGAACAUCUCUGCGCCGUAAGAACCAUCGUCCUACCGCUUUUAUCAAGAAGACAGAGGGGUUGCGCCAGGCACCCAAAGUCAACCAACCUUUCAUCCCCGACACAACUCCCGCUCGCCAGAAAAGCCAUCAAAAUUACGCCUCUCCUCAACCUCAAAUGUCCCCUCACCUGAAUCUCAACCCUGCCGCCAAUCCUAACAGUGCCCAGUUUGCAGUCGAAAGCUGGGAAGGAAAAGGCCAAACACAGCUUCCAAUGUCCACCCGGGAAGUCCCUACUCCCGGAAAUCGACCUGGUCUCUUCUCAACCCUUUAUGACAGAUCAAAAAUGGCCAAACAACCGAACUUUUACGACCCAUACUUUCCAUUGAAGUUUCUUGAGGCGCCACGAACGGACCACAUCUAUAAGCGCGCUCAUUACGGCCUUCAAUCGGGCACACCAGAUGAGGUCGACUUCGCGUUAUACCACCUGGUUCAGAUAUCGAAUCAAAGAUGCGAUAAGUUCAAGUUCGAGGGAUUCCCACUGCUUGCCGAAACUCUGAUGCAAAAGGCAUUGGAUAUCACCUACCUCUGCACUGGUGUUCGAUGGGAGUUUGAAUACGAUCCUCGUUUCCAAUCUGGACGAGUGAACGUUCUCAACUCUUUGCAUGGAACCCGUGAUAUUCUCGACAAAAUACGAAAUAUCCCCGUCAACCUCCCAAAUGACAAUCUCGAGACCCAGGAAUUCACAAAUGCUCUUCGCAACGUGAAGGAGGCAAUUUUGGUAUUGAGAAACAUGGUUCUUUUGAAAGAGAACGCCUACUACGUUUCAUGCUACGCAAGUGGCCUUCUCAGAGACUUUCUGGUGGUUCUAAUCAACGUUCCAAAACAGUCGCGUUUGAAUGAACUCAAAAAUGAUGCGCUCGAUAUUGCCGAGGAGGUGACCAAGUUUAUGAGAACCGACCCUCAAGAUCCCCUUUGGAUAUCCCUCGUUGACUGCCUCGACUCGCCCGACCGUGCGCAUAUUGUGAGAGCACUAUGGGCAUUGACACACUUUUCAACUGAGCUAGAGGAGUCAGAUGGAAAUCGUGCUUUGGAAAGCCUUCCGAAGUCGACUUUACAACAACUGUACUACCACACACUUUUGGAGCUCGACACCGAUAUUCUGAGCGGUGCGCUAGACCUCUGGUAUCAGUACACUCUUAGCCCCGACAAUAUUGAGACUUUGAUGGAUGUCAUAAACCUUCCUAUUGUCUUCGUCCCCCGUAUGAUCGCGUUACUCACACAUGGGGCACGGCCAAACAAGAAAGAAACCGUUCUCCAAGAAGAAAAGGUUGCACCCCCGCCAUCUGAGAUACCACGGGUACCUGCCGAGUUGUUGGAGAAACUGAUGGGCUUGUCUGAACCGGAACGAAGCUCGCAAUGGCUUCGUUGCUGCUUCGUUGAAGACGCUGAGUGUGAGAUCACCCAGAUUGCUCUUUGGCAAGCUUACCAAAGUCGAUUUGCAGACUCUCGGGUGCCAGGCGGUGGUGUCCUUCCCGCCGCUGAGUUCAUUAAGAAUGUCAGUAAUACUUUCACCAACGCCCAGGCGCAAGUGAUUAAUGGCCCGGGAACCGCAACCAAAUUCAUCAUCAAGGGAAUCCGACCCUUGGAGACCGCUUACACUUUUGACGGCUUCCCUUACCAGUAUUGCAAAUGGCAAGAUCACUCUAAACCAUCAAAGAUGUGCCAGCGCGCCUUCGGUUCACCGACAGAUCUUCGCCACCAUGUUUUGGCCGACCAUAUGAACCUGGAGCCCGAAGAAACAGCAGGCCAGUUCAAGCUGGAAGCCGCAGAAACACCAAUCCACACCUGCCAAUGGGACAACUGUACCAGAUUCCGAGCGUCAGGAUCUAGCACCAAUACUGCGAUGGUGGCCGGACACGUCUCUUCUCACAUAGCUGAAGACCGACCCGCUGAUGCAAAGCCCCCAAGUACCAAGCGUCUUGUUCUCCAAGAACGAAUCGUUCGCAAGUGGUACUACAUGGACACCCCAUUCAACGAGAAGGGCGAGCCUUUCGGUGUGGCAUAUAAGGCUGCAUUGGUCCUGCGGAAUCUUGCCAGAGGUCUCCCCAACCGGGUUGCCACGAAGCACGGAGGACUGUCUUGGAAGAAAACAUGCUUCGUCAGCCACCGGCCAAAAAUCAUGGAAGUCUGGGACCGAAAUCGCGCUUUGCGAAAGGAACUGACUGAAUUGAUUAUGAUCAUAGAGAAGGAGGACGACUAUUGA